AGGUCGAUCGUGAGGAGCUGAGCACCCUCCCUUCCCUCCCCUCUGAUCGGAUUCCUUGUAAAUGAAGCUCACUCGUUCCCUGAGGACCAAACCUCACUGAUGACUGGGAAGCAAAGAGUACCGAGAAAAGCACUUUUACCACGGACUCCACCUCAGGAGCACCAGGAACUAAUUUUCUAAGUCAAAUCUGUGCCCCCUCCGUGCAGACCCAAUGUCUGCUGCAAUGGAUACAGAAUCAACAUAUUCGGGAUACUCCCACUACUCAGGUCACUCCAAAAAAGCCCACAGACAAGGGAGUCGGGACAGGCACAAAUCGCCGCGAAGCAAAGAUGGCAGUCGGUCUGAGAAGUCUGUCACUAUCCAGACACCUCCAGCAGAGCCACUGCUUGGGAACGAUGCCUCUCGGGCAGAGGAGGGCCAGGAUGACAACUGGGGUGAGACCACGACAGCGAUCACAGGCACCUCUGAGCACAGCAUUUCCCAGGAGGACAUUGCUCGGAUCAGUAAGGAUCUGGAGGACAGUGUUGGGUUGGACUGCAAACGUUACCUGGGCUUAACAGUGGCAGCUGUUCUCGGACUCCUUGUCUUUCUUACCCCCAUCGCCUUCAUUCUGUUACCGCAGAUCCUGUGGCGGGAUGAUCUGGAGCCGUGUGGUACUGUCUGUGAGGGACUCUUCAUCUCUGUGGCGUUCAAACUCCUUAUUCUCCUGAUUGGGACCUGGGCUCUGUUUUUCCGCCAGCCCAAGGCAGAUAUACCGAGGGUGUUUGUGUUUCGGGCCCUUCUGUUGGUCCUUAUAUUCCUCUUUGUGUUUUCCUACUGGCUCUUUUACGGCGUUCGCAUCUUGGACUCGAAGGACACCAACUACCAAGGAAUAGUGCAGUAUGCGGUGUCUCUGGUGGAUGCUCUGCUCUUCAUUCACUACCUGGCCAUUGUGCUGCUGGAGCUGCGGCAGCUGCAGCCCAUGUUCACUGUCAAGGUAGUUCGGUCAACGGAUGGAGAGUCACGAUACUACAGCUUGGGGCACUUGAGCAUCCAGCGAGCUGCACUGGUGGUUCUGGAAAACUACUACAAAGAUUUCACAGUCUACAAUCCAGCCUUGUUAACAGCCUCCAAAUCCCGUGCAGCCAAGCAUAUGGCUGGUCUGAAAGUCUACAAUGUUGAUGGCCCAGGUAACAACGCUUCGGGGCAGUCCCGUGCCAUGAUUGCAGCCGCAGCCCGUCGCAGGGACUCGAGUCACAACGAGCUCUACUACGAAGAGGCCGACCACGAGCGCCGAGUGAAAAAACGCCGUGCGAGGCUUGUGGUUGCAGUAGAGGAGGCUUUCACUCACAUCAAACGCCUCCAGGCAGAGGAACAGCAGAAAGCUCCAGGAGAGAUGAUGGACCCCCGAGAAGCAGCCCAGGCAAUCUUCCCCUCCAUGGCAAGAGCUCUGCAGAAGUAUCUUCGCACCACCCGCCAGCAACAGUACCACAGCAUGGAGAGCAUCUUGCAACACUUGUCCUUCUGCAUCACCAAUAACAUGACACCAAAGGCAUUCCUGGAGCGUUACCUCAACCCAGGCCCAACCCUCCAGUACGACAGGGAUCGCUGGUUCUCCAAGCAGUGGACGCUUGUCAGUGAGGAAGCGGUCACAAGCGGGUUACAAGACGGCAUUGUUUUUGUCCUCAAGUGCUUGGACUUCAGCCUUGUUGUUAAUGUGAAGAAAAUCCCCUUCAUCAAACUCUCAGAAGAGUUCAUAGACCCUAAAUCUCAUAAAUUUGUCCUCUGCUUACAGUCUGAGACUUCAGUCUAA